ACGAACACGGAGUUAAAUCGAUUUUUUAGUCAGGCUCCAGCUGGUUUUUGGAUGUUUUAACCGUGUUUUUUUGUCGAGUCUGCGCAGUCGGUCAGUCAGCGGUGACACAGCGCCUCAAAAACCAAAACAGAGCAGGAUGGCUGCUCGGCGGUCGCUAACCAGCUAACUAACUGCAACGCUUCGCUUCUUUUCGUCCGGAUUUUCUCAACCGGCCGUUCCUGACCUUUCGGGCGGUCAACGGGACUGUAUUCCUGAGGUAACGACCGUGAGAAAACCGCGCUGUCAUGAGCUCGUCGGACCCGUUUGCCGAAGUGGAGCGGCCUCGACACCGGCCCUUCCUCAUCGGGGUGAGCGGAGGAACCGCCAGCGGGAAGUCCACAGUGUGCGCCAAGAUCAUGGAGUUGCUGGGCCAGAACAAGGUGGACCACCGCCAGAGGAAGGUGGUCAUCGUGAGCCAGGACAGCUUCUACCGAGUGCUGACCGCCGAGCAGAAAGCCAAAGCUCUCAAGGGCCAGUAUAACUUCGACCACCCAGAUGCGUUUGAUACGGAGUUGAUGUGUCAGACUCUGAAGGACAUUGUGGAGGGGAAGGUGGUGGAGGUUCCCACGUAUGACUUCGUCACUCAUUCCAGGCUGCAGGAGAAGAUCCGUGUGUAUCCUGCAGAUGUUGUGUUGUUUGAGGGGAUUCUGGUGUUCUACACUCAGGAGGUCAGAGACAUGUUCCACAUGAAACUGUUUGUUGAUACGGACUCAGACGUGCGUCUGUCACGCAGAGACCAAGAAAUACGCAGAUGUGAUCAUUCCUCGCGGAGUGGACAACAUGGUGGCGAUAAACCUCAUCGUGCAGCACAUCCAGGACAUCCUGAGUGGUGAUAUCUGCAAGUGGCAGAGAGGGGCCGUUAACGGACAAGCCCACGGGCGGAGCUUAAAGAGGGGCGUGCCUGAUCAAGUCGAGAACGACAACGUUGCAGCGGCCAUGCCCACGAAGCGCCCCCUGCUGGAACCUAGCACACGGCCACAUUAACGCACACGGGGAGGUGAAGGUGGAUGUGGUUAAAACUUGAAGAGCUAUAAACAUCGUUGCAUGUUUCCAACACACACACACUCUGACACACACACACA